GAAAAGAAAAGAGAGACUGUAGUUCAAAACGAAAGGACGCGUCGUCUUCAUGUAGCCGUUGCACAGCAUUAAGGGCAUCUACCGUCCGUUGUGCCUCUCUCCCGCCGCACAAACCACCCGAAAACGUUUCUAUAUAUAUAUACCAAAUUAAGAAAACAGAGACGCGAACAACGCGUUUGCUCUACACGAUGGAGAGCAAAAUUCUGUACACAAACGACAACGCGGAAAUCCAGUGCGUGGCAGUGAAGUCGAUCGAGACGGUCAGGGAAGCGACCACCCCCGCGCGCGGCGGUCGCCGAACAUCGUCCACAGCGCCACCGCGCACGCCGCUUUCCUCCUCGGAUGAGGCGGUCUUUCUUCUCCCACACGAGUGUCUCUACUCGUACCUAUACAUUGGUGCCGCGGACGGCACUCUUCUCGCCUUGCGCUUUCAAAUUUUUCUCAGAGAGCUCGCGGUGCCGGGCGGUGGGCUGACCUACGAGCACCGUGUAGUGCUAGAGGCACAGAGCAAGUCGGUGAUCACGAUGUCCGCCCCCGCCCCGUCUUCAAACAACCGCGGCUCGGAGACUCGAUCGCGUCACGAGGACGGAGGUGCGCGCGCUUCUGCCACAACCGUGAUAUCGCCUGCACCAGUUCAAUCCGCAGCGACGGAGGCGGUGAAGUCGUCGAUCAACGCCGCUGUGUGCGGCGUACGUGCCAUCAACGCUCCUUCAAACCUGCCUUACUUGUUUCUCCUCGUCCACGGUCGUUUUGAAGUGCACGAGGACGACACGCUGCAGCUGCUGGACCGCGAGUACACCGCCCCGCUGGGUUUGGGUGAUGCAACAGUGUUGUGUAUGUGUGUGGGAGAAGAACAGAGCAUCGUGUCUCGCCAACGACGCCCACCUGCCGCUCCUAUGAGACGUGGGCUUGCAACUGCACCGAGCACCGGCGGCGAACCUGCCGCUGCGGUGGAUCCGUCUCUCCCCGUCGCCUACUACGCCCUUUUGCGAGACGACUGGACGGUGGUGCUGGUGGAGUGCACGGCAGUAUCAUCCUCGCGACUUGCCUUCCUUGAUUGGGAAGGGGACGCGAUGCAGUGGAGCAACGAGGAUGUGGAAGGCACACAGCACGCAUCGCCGCUGUCUCCGCAGUCACCACAUAAGGGUCUCGCUGCACGACAGACGCGUGCUGCCGACACGCUGCUUCCUGUGCGGCCCAACACAUCGACCAUGGCCUGGUGCGGCGACGUCCUCAUCACAGGGUCGCCCGACUACUACUGCCUCUAUGACACCUUACACGGCACGGUGCUGUCGCAGCUAGAGGUGAGCUCGUUGCUGGAAGGCUGUCCGCCUUACACCACUUACAUUCGCCGCGCCGCGGUGGAUCCUUCUCGCGCCGGCUUCGCGCUCGCCACGGAGGCGGCGGCAGUGUGUUCCUACUCGGGUAGCAGCAGCAGCAGCGGCAGCAGUGAUAGUGACAGCAGCGCCUGUACCAGCAGUCACAGUAGCACUGUGAGCGACGAAUCGAGUGAUACGAGCGUGCGUGAAAGUCGUCUUUCAUCCGGCACAACAAACGCCAGUUGCUGGACCUCCGCCCUCGUCUUCCGUCUUCGUGAGGGACAGUUGCACGUGUGCGCGUGUGCUGGCCGCACCGACCUCACCGCUGCUGUGCCCCUCGCAGAUGUGUAUGGCGCGGUGCGGGAGGCGUACAGCUGCCCACCCUUUCUGCUAUGUCAGCGCGGUGAGGGCAGCAAUGACGUCGAUAGCGGCGGUGCGGACUCCGUCGCAUCGCGGGUGUCGUCGCGCAUCUGCGCCUCGCAGCAGCACCUCUCCGCGAAACCCGCUGAAUCCCGUCGAUCCGUGAAGCAGUGUGAAAUAAUCCUCUUCUCCUGCCUGGAUGGGCAGCCGUGGACGUCGCCCGCGGUGGAGCCGGUGAGCUUCAUGAGCGUCAACUUGCGCUGCGUUCGGGCGUUUCCGCUGGGGCUGCUGGGCGUCUCGCAGCACAUGAUUGAGGCCCUCCUGUGGAAACCCUUCGCGACGCAGCUCGAGGACCAAAUCGAAACGGGGCACUACGCUCGAGUGCUACGAUUUGUGUCGCAGUGCUUCCGCGGCGCGGAGUCGACGCGGCGGGUGGUGCUGCGACAGGUGUGCCAGGCGAGCGCCGCACGGGCCAUGGCGCGCCGUCGCUAUCGCGUGGCGUUUUACUUCUACACGGUUGCUGAACUCGGUGUAGAUGGCCUGCUGCGGCUCUUCCCAGAAUUGCGGCGCCUGCCCUCGAGUACACAAGGUGAUGUGCGAGGCACAGACAGGAAUGCUGUGAAGAGUGAUCGCAAUUAUGUGACAGGGGACGGCAGGCACGUUGCGACCGGCUCCCCGGGCGCGGCAAAGAGCAACGACACAGAAGCCACUUUUGUUGCGCAACACUCGCGGCAGCUUUCGUACCCUUCACACGCUCCCUACCGCGCCCUCUAUCGAAUUCUGAUUUCGAAGUUUUUUUCGCUCGUGGCGACUGCUGCGACGACCGCAAGCUUUCCGAUAGAGGACCCAGCGGCAGUAGACUCAGCAGCAACAGCGCGAGCAGGAGCGGAGGUGGGCAGCGCAGGUGAGACGUUGGUGGGACGCAACUCCACGUUGUCCACCGCCGUUGCUUUUCCCGAGGCUGCUUCCCGUAGUGCGAUGUGUUCACCACCACCGGUGGGUGCGGAGGGGCCGCGAGGUCCGUCCCAGUCUAACUUCCCAUCCAACGCUUCUGCGGCCGCGUUGUCCGCGUCGCUCGAGCGCACCCGAGAGAGCGCUGAGUUUGCGCUCUUCUGUCUCUUCGCCAUCGACGGCGCCGGGGCGCGGCGGCUGCACACCACGCGGGACGAGCUGCUGCAGUUUAUGAGCUCCGUGCGCACGCUGAACCCCAACGACUGCGCCGCCGUUGUUGCCGCUCUCGGCCUCCCUCCGUCCUCUCUCUUGCGCGCGAUGCUGCUGGCUGCCACGGGUGACGCCGAUGAUGCCCUCACACGAUGUGCGACGGACGGCGAUGUGACGGCGGCGGGUGCGACGCUCGCAAUGUACGCCCGCAUGCCAGGUGCGACGAGCGCCAAGCUGGAGAGGCUCUAUCAGCUGCACCUGCCGUGGAUGCUGGAGGUUGAUCCGCCGACAACGGUGCAGCUUCUGACCAGCUCAGUGGGCUUUGCAGGGGAGAGACCCGGCCCUGCAGUGCUGCUGCCCAUCCUGCUCACCGUCGGCGGCACGGUGUUGCUGGACUACCUCAGCUACCUCAUCCGCAUUGAGGGCAGUAUGGAGGCGAGCGUGCACCAGCUCUACGCAACGCACCUUGUCCACGUGCUGCAGACCCUGCGAGGCGAAUGGGGUUUGCAGGACUUUGCCAGCACCGAGCUCGGCGCGGCUGACGGCGCAGGGUCGGAGACGGGCCUGGUGGGUCGUCUUCGUCGGGCACUUCUCUCCUUUCUUCAGUGGAGCCCCUUCUACGACAAAGAGCGUGUCUUGGCGAUCCUUGUGGAGGCAGACCUGUACGAGGAGCAGUGUGUCGUACUAGAGGCGUUGGAGGACCACAUCGGGGUCCUUUCCGUGUUGGUGUACUCAAUGAAGGACGUGCAACGCGCCGUGCAGUACUGCGAGUCGCACCACACGCGCGACUGCGCCCGCGUUCAUCAAUGGCCGCUGUCCGCGAACUUGCUGCCCCCCUCAGCCAUGACCCCAACGUUUUCCACGCCGGCCUUCAACCCGUCGAGGGCAGCAGCGGAGGGCGGGCGUGGAAGCUCUGCGAGACAAAUUGGGACGCCAGAGGGGGACCCGCCAUUCCCCACCAACACCUCGCGGACGCCUUUCGUAGAUGGGCGUGCACACCACGAGACGGUGUCUCCACAUACUGCAGCGCAGGGGGCGUUGGGCGACGCGGCAGGGCGGCACUUUUCGGCAAGUCCGGCACCUAGCGCGCGGGUCUGCAGUGUGGCCGACGACGUGGUGGGUGUGCCGGUUUUCCCCAGCUAUGACUGCCAACGUGUGGUGUUCCGUGAGGCGGCUGCCAUGGCGCAUUACGCCCACACGUCCACGAGCAGCACUCAUGGUGUCAACGGGGAAGCAAGAGAGGGCGAGUCUUCUGUUGCCGUGGCGCCCUCUCACGUUGCCGUCUGGCACCCUAUGCUGCGCUUCAACCAGUAUUUGCACAUGCUGCUGCAUGUCUUGCUAGUCCCGCCGACCGGGAGCGAAAUUGCGUUGUCCGAGGUUGUCUGGCUGUUGGGCACUCAUUGCCCUUCCAUGAGCCCGUGUCUGGUGCUGUCUUCGCUGCCCGGCGACGUGCCGCUCUCGGACAUCGCGCCAUACCUCAUUCGCGCCUUUCAACGGCUAGAGCUCAACCACCAGCUCGCGCGCAUGGAAUCGGCUGCGGCGCAGAGCGCCCUGUCGGACGCCGUGCGCCGUCACGUGACGCUGCAGCAGCGCUGUGUUUGGAUGGACGACCACCGCCGCUGUGCCGUGUGCGGGCAGCUCCUGGGGAAUGGCGGCUUGGUGGUGGUGUUUCCGAAUUUAAAGCCGUUGCACUUCCGGUGUCACAAGGACGGCACGUUGGACCCGGAGCGUGCAGUGCCUUUCCUCAGCAAUGUCACGUAA